ACAGAGAGAGAGAAGAUAAGCAUAGUGUGCCAGCAUGGAAUAAAAUUUGGCACGGAAGGGCUGCAACAUUUUAGAAGAGCAGAAAAUUUACAGGAUUUACAGGAACAACAUUGUUUCAACAUAAUGGAAAUCCCAGACUUGUCUUCAAUGAAACUACCUAGCCGACCUGAGCUGUUUGAUUUUGAGGGUGUUUCUAUGGUCCACUACUUCACUGACAACUGGGAAAAGGUGAAAAACUUUCAAGCAAGACCUGAUGACAUUCUAAUCGCUACUUACCCCAAAGCAGGUACCACCUGGGUGUCAUAUAUUCUAGACCUUCUGUACUUUGGUAACGAUUCUCCAGAGCGCCAGACUUCCCAGCCUAUCUAUAUGAGAGUGCCGUUCCUGGAGUCAUGUUUUAAAGUGAUACCAUCAGGGACAGAACUGGCUGAUAAUCUGCCCAAUUCUCCUCGCCUCAUCAAAACUCAUUUACCUAUUCAGCUUGUGCCCAAGUCCUUCUGGGAGCAAAACUCAAGGAUUGUAUAUGUAGCACGGAAUGCAAAAGACAAUGCAGUUUCCUAUUUUCAUUUUGAUCGAAUGAACAUGGGACAACCUGAACCAGGAGACUGGAACACCUUCUUACAGAAAUUUAUAGAAGGAAAGAAAGUGUUUGGUCCUUGGUAUGACCAUGUCAGUGGAUGGUGGGAGAAAAAACAGACUUAUUCUAACUUACUGUACAUUUUCUAUGAGGAUUUGGUUGAAGACACAGGACGUGAGGUGGAACGUUUGUGCUCCUUCUUGGGUUUGUCAGUCUCAACUAAAGAGAGGGAGAAAAUAACAAAAGAGGUUCAAUUUGAUGCCAUGAAACAGAACAAAAUGACCAACUAUUCCACUAUCCCAGUCAUGGACUUCAAGAUCUCACCCUUCAUGAGGAAAGGUAAAGUUGGAGACUGGAAAAAUCAUUUCACUGUAACACAAAAUGAACAGUUUGAUGAAGUCUACAAACAGAAGAUGAAGAACACCACUGUCAAGUUCCGCACUGAGAUUUGAUUGUUUUAUAUAUAUA